AUGGACGGGGAGGGCCCCGCACACCCGGGGCACCACCAGCGCAGGCACCUGCUGGCUUUGAUUGUGAGUCUCCUCCUCACCUGCGGGCCAGGGGGCAGUAGCACUGAAACUACACUGGAGAUGGAUUCUGGACCUAACAGCAUCAGUUCGCCACGGGAGACAUCUGCAGUUGGCUCGCGCGCCGUGGCGGCCCCUUCCCCGGGCUCCUCCUCGUUUCCAGGGAGUAGGACCUCCUGGCCCGGGCCUGUGACCUCAGUUCUCAGCCCUGGCCUGGUGAAGAGCGCAGGCACGCUGGGUACAGGCUGGCAAACUGGGACAAGAUCGCCUCCAAGUCCGAUCCGCACCACCCCGGAGCCCCUGCCCACUCCCGAAGCCUCUACUCCUCCAAAGAAAUCUCCUUUUUCCAGUGAUACUGGUUCCACCACUCUUCCAAUCAGCAUUUCUGGACAUGAGCUGCAUUCUUCUAUCACAAGCCACUCUGAGCCAUCCAGAGACACACAUUCCGUUUUUACUUCUUUUUCUCUCGAGGAUUCCACUUUAUCCACGUCAAUGCCUGCCUCCUUCGAGACUAGAAGAUUUGAGACAAAGCCUCUUUCCCAUCUGACUCGUGGACUGAGGGAGACAAGCCCAGCCUUGAACUCCAGGUUAACCACACACAAAAACACUUCUUUUUCUCCUCUCUACACUCAUCUUACUCUUAUUUCCAAGCCUCAUACCACCUCUUCUCUGAAGUUGUCAGUCCCUGACCAGCUUCCGUCUUCACAUGUUACUGAAAUUCCACUGGAAACUGUCUCCCAUUUUUAUGAUUCUCUCCCUUUUACUGAGUCUGCUAGGAUAACCCCCUUCCUGGCAUCCAAGUUUUCUGUGCCUGUUUCCAAAAGUACUCAGUACCCAAGCACAGAUAUGUUGUCUUCAGCUCAGACCAUUUUGGCUCACCCAUUGAUGACUUCUCUGUCAGAUCCCAUGGCUUCCUUUGCCACACCUGGAGUUCCUGAUGCCAGCUCAGCUGCCUUCUCAUCCAGUUCAUUUUCUAAGGCAGAAUCAGGUCCUGAGGUUGCUACUAUGUCCACCGUUGCAGAGAGCCUACCUUCAUCAUCUUCAACACCUUUCCCCUUUUCAACAUUCACCUCCACUGACUCUUCAACUAGCGCAGCUCUCCAUGAGAUUACUUCCUCACCAGCUACCCCACGUACAGUGGGCACCAACCUUGAGGCAGAGAGCAGUACUGCUGAGGGACCCUUGGUUAUGGUCAGUACUUCGAAGACUUGGACCCAGCCACUCAGGACAUCUUUAUCACCCAUUAUGGAUGGCAGAAUGACAGAGAGUGUUGUCUUGGGAACAGGGACAAGUUCUUCUCAUGUUCUUCCACACUCAACACAGUCGACAAGGACUGAAGGCAUCAUAGAGCACGUCACAAAGAUACACAAUGAAGCAGUACAUGGAGGCACCACGGGACCAGUUCGUGUCCCUCUGGCACUCACAUCAUCUGCUAGUCUUAGAGGACUAACAACAGGAGGGGCAGAGAGGGCAGAGACCACCACCACAACUCUGAAGACCACCUCCACAGUACCUUUGACCACCAGAGUCUCUAGUCCCACUUCAGGAAUGCUGACUCUCCACAGGACAUCCAAUAAAAUGGCCAGCACAGGCACAGCAAGAGUGGCCAUCACAACUCCAGAUGUUUCCCCUGAUGUUCCAGAGAUGACAGCCUUAUUGGUCACUAGACCUAGAGCAGAAACCAGCACAGCAGUUCUCAGGACAACCCCAUCUAUUUUCAGUAGAGGAUCAGAGACCACAUCCUCAUUGGUCCCUAGUUCUGGGAAAGAGACAAGUUCAGCUGUUCCAACUCUGACUGUUUCCCUUGGUGAGACAGAAACCACAACUUCAUGGGUCACCCAUCCUGCAGAGACCAGCUCAACUGUUUCCAGGGCAACCCUGAAUGUUUCCCAUAGUGAUGCAGACAGCACAUCCCCAACAGCUACCAGUUCUGGAGAAAAAGUGAGUUCAACUGUUCCAACUCUGACUGUCUCCCCUGAUGUACCAGGGAUGAUGACCUCACAGGUAACUAGUCCUGGGGCAGAGACAAGUAUGGUUAUUUCAACUCUGACCGAUUCCCAAGGUGAUCAAGAGACCAUAGCCUCAUGGGGUACCCAUCCGGAUGCACAGAGCAGUUCAUCCAUUCCAACUUCAACUGUCUCCCCUAGUGUGCCAGGGCUGGUGACCUCACUGGAUACUGGUUCUGGGGCAGAGACCAGCCCAGCUAGUCAAACUCUGACUGUUUCUCCUGGUGAGCUAGAUACAACAGUCUCAUUGGUUACCCAUCCUGGGGAACAGAUCAGUUCAGCUAUUCCAGCUCUGACUCUCUCCCCUGGUGUAUCAAGAGUAGAAUUCUCACUGGUCACCAGUUCUGGGGAAGAGAUCAGUACAACUUUUUCAGCUGUGACUGAUUCCCCGCACAAACCAGAGACAACAGCUUCGUGGGUCACCUAUCCUGGGACAGAAGCCAGUUCCUUUGUUCCAACUUUGACUGUCUCUCCUCGUGAGCCAGAUACAACAGCCUCAUGGGACCAUUCCUCAGAGACUGGGACACCUGUUUCUAGACCAACUCCGAAUUUUUCCCAUAGUGAAUUAGACACCACAUCUUCAACAGCCACCAGCCCUGGGACAGAAGACAGUUCAGCCAUUCCAAAGAUGACUGCCUCACCUGAUGUACCAGCUAUGGUGACCUUACUGGUCAUUAGUUCUGUGACAGACACCAGUACAACUUUUUCAACUCUGACUGAAUCCCUGCAAGAAGCAGGUACAACAAUCUCCUUGGUCACCCAUCCUGCAGAGUCCAGCCCAAUUGCUCCCAGGACAACCUCCAGUGUUUCCCACAGUGAAUCAGACAGCACACCCUCAGUGGCCAGCAGCCUUGGGACAGAAGUCAGAUCAGCUGUUUCAACUACACCUAUGUCCCCUGGUGUACCAGAUACGGAGACCUCAAAAGCCACUAGUUCUGGAACAGAUGCCAGUAUAAUUAUUCCACCUCUGACUCUUUCUUCUGGUGAACCAGCAAACACAGUCUCACGGGUUACCCAUUCUGAAGCACAGACCGGUUCAACCAACCCAGCUCUGACUGUUUCACUGGUCACCAGUUCUGGGGCAGAGCCCAGUACAACUUUUACAACUCUGACUGAUUCCCCACGUGAACCAGAGACAACAGCCUCAUGGGUCACCCAUUCUGCAGAGACCAGCACACCUGUUUCCAGAAUAACUCCAAAUAUGUUGCAUAGUGAAUCAGACACCACACUCUCAAUGGCCACCGGUCCUGGGGCAGAAGCCAGUUCAGCUGUUCCAGCUACAACUGUCUCACCUGGUGCACCAGGGGUGGUGACCUCACAGGCCGCUAGUUCUGGGGCAGAGACCAGCACAAUUUUUCCAAUUCUGACUGAUUACUCACAUGAACCAAAGACCUCAACCUCAUGGGUCACUCAUUCUGGGAGAGAAGCCAAUUCAGCUGUUCCAACUCUGACUGUUUCAUCUGGGGAGCCAGAUACAAAAGUUUCAUUUGUCACCCAUUCUGCAGAGAGCAGCCCAACUCUUCCCCAAACAACACCCAAUGUUUCCCAUAGGGAGUCAGACACCACACCCUCAUUGGCCACCAGCCCUGGAACAGAAACCAGUUCAGCUGUUGCAACUCCCACUGUCUCCUCUGGUGUACCACAUACGGUGACCUUACAGGUCACUACUUCUGAAACAGACACCAGUAUGGCUAUUCCAACUCUGACUCUUUCUCCUGGUGAACCAGCAACCACAGCCUCAUUGGCCACUCAUCUUGGGAUGCAGACCAGUUCAGCCAUACCAACUCUCACUGUCCCCCCUGGUAUAUCAGGGGUAGAAAUCUCAAUGGUCACCACUUCUGGGGCAGAGACCAGUACAACUUUUUCAACUCUGACUGAUUCUCCACAUGAACCAGAGACAAAAGCCUCAUGGGUCACCCAUUCUGGGACAGAAGCCAGUUCAGCUGUUCCAACUUUGACUGUUUCCUCUAGUGAGCCAGAUACAAUAGCUUCAUGGGUCACUCAUUCCACAGAGACCAGCACACCUGUUUCCAGAACAACUCUAAAUUUUCCCUGUGUUGAAUCAGACACCACAUCCUCAGUGGCCAUCAGUCCUGGGGCAGAAGCCAGUUCAGCUAUUCCAACUACAGCUGUUUCCUCUGAUGUACUAGAUAUGAUGACCUCAUUGGUCACUAGUUCUGAAGCAGAGACGAGUAUAACUUUUACAACUAUAACUGAUUCCCCACAUGAACCAGAGACCACAGCCUCAUGGGUCACUCAUUCUGAGAUAGAAGCCAGUUCAGCUGUUCCAACUCUGACUGUUUCACCUGGGGAGCCAGACACAACAGUCUCAUUGGUCACUCAUCCUGCAAAGACACGCCCAACUGUUGCUAAAAAAAACCCCAAUGUUUUCCAUAGUGAAUCAGAUGCCACACCCUCAACAGCCACAAGUUCUGGGGCAGAAGCCAGUUCAGCUGUCUCACCUGGUGUACCAAGGGUGGUGACCUCACAGCCCACUAAUUCCGGGGCAGAGACCAGUACUUUUCCAACUCUGACUGAUUACUCACAUGAACCAAAGACUACAACCUCAUGGGUCACUCAUUCUGGGACAGAAGUCAGUUCAGCUGUUCCAACUCUGACUGUUUUCUCUGGGAAGCCAGAUACAACAGUCUCAUUUGUCACCCAUCCUGCAGAGACCAGCCCAACUGUUCCCCAAACAUCCUCGAAUGUUUCCCAUAGUGAAUCAGACACCACACCCUCAAUGGCCACCAGCCUUAGGGUAGAAGCCAGCUCAGCUGUUGUAACUCCCACUGCCUCCCCUGGUGUACCAGAUAUGGUGACCUCACAGGUCACUAGUUCUGAGACAGGUGCCAGUAUGACUAUUCCAACUCUGACUCUCUCUUCUGGUGAACCAAUGACCACAGCCUUAUUGGUCACCUACCCUGGUGCAGAGACAAGCACAAAUUUUCCUGCUUCAACUGUUUUUCCUCAUUUACCAGAGACCACAGCCUCACCAUCCAUCCAAUCUGGGUUGGAGAUUAGUGUAGCUCUUCCAUCUCAGACUGCUUCCCUUGGUCCACCAGAAACAACAUCCUUCAUCACACCUGUGACUGAGACCAGCAGAAUUGAUCUAGGUCCAACUGUCUCAUUUCGUGUUCCUACGGAAACAGCCUCACCUUCCACACAUCCUGGGACAGACAUCAGCACAACUGUUUCAACUUCAACUCUCUCCCCUGGUUUAUCAGAGACCACAGGCUUAUUGGCCACUGUUCCUACAGCAGAGGCCAGUACAAGUAUCUCAACUAUGACUGUUUCCCCUGGUGUUCUUGGGCCUGCCAGCACCCCCGCCACAGCCGGUGAACCCCAUACUGUAACUUCCUGGAGCACAGAAACCUCACCACUUGCAACCUCAGUUGGACUCUCAGAAUUUUCCAAGACUGUGACAGGGGACACUGUGACCUUGGUAACAUCAGAGACCCCAACACCACCUAAAACCAGUCGUGGAGAAGGAUCAAGUUCAACUACUACCCUGGAAAGUACAACUGUUGAGACCACUAAUUUAGCUGCCACAGGUUCAGGCCCCACCGUGGCCAAGACCACAACCACCUUCAAUACACUGGCUGGAAGUCCCUUUGUCCCUGUGACCACACCUAGGAUGUCCACCUUGGCUUCUGUGAGCGUGACUUCAGGAACAAACGCAGCUCCUUUCUUGAUGCCUUUUACUGUCAACUUCACCAUCACCAACCUGCACUACACGGAAGUCAUGGGAGACUUGGGCUCUGAGAUAUUCAGUGCCACUGAGAGACACCUGCAGCACCUGCUCGAGCCCUUGUUCAAGAACAGCAGCGUUGGUUUCCUCUAUGCUGGCUGCAGAUUGACCUUGCUCAGGGCUGAAAAGGAUGAAAGAAGCACCAAAACGGACAUGGUCUGCACUUACCGCCCAGAUCCCACAGGCUUCAGGCUGGACAGAGAACGGCUGUACUGGGAGCUAAGCCAGAAGACCCAUGGUGUCACUCGGCUGGGACCCUAUACCCUGGACAGGAACAGUCUCUAUGUCAAUGGUUAUAACCAUCAGUAUUGGAUCCCUACCACUAGCAAUGUUGGCCCAGCCUUGGUGCUGUUCACACUCAAUUUCACCAUCACCAACCUGUUCUAUACAUCAGACAUGGGGCACCCAGGCUCUGUGAAGUUCAACUCCACUGAGAAGGACCUGAAUCACCUGCUUGAUCUUUUGUUCAAGAACACCAGUGUUGGUCCACUGUACUCUGGCUGCAGACUGAUCUUGCUCAGGACUGAGAAGAAUGGGGCAGCAACUGGAGUGGACACUGUCUGCACCUUCCGUCCUGACCCCAUGGGUCUUCGGCUGGACAGAGAACAUCUGUACCAGGAGCUGAGUCAGCUGACCCAUGGUGUCACCCAGCUGGGCACCUACACCCUGGACAGAGACAGACUCUAUGUCAAUGCAGGUGUGAGCCCUUCUCUGGUAUCCUUCACCCUGAACUUCACCAUCACCAGCCUGCACUACACAGAGGACAUGAGGCCCCCAGGAUCUGAGCUAUUCAACACCACGGAGAGGAUCUUGAAUCGCCUGCUCAGACCCUUGUUCCAGAACACCAGUAUUGGGCCCCUGUAUUCUGGCUGCAGAUUGACUUUGCUCAGGCCUGAGAAAGAUGGAACAGCCACUGGAGUUGAUGUAGUCUGCACUCACCUUCCUGACCCUGUGGGCUCUAAGCUGGACAGAGAGAGGCUGUACUGGGAGCUGAGCCAUGAGACCCAUGGUGUCACCCAGCUGAGCUCCUUCACCCUGGACAAGGACAGCCUCUAUGUCAAUGGUUACACCCAUCAGACCUCAGCCCCUACCCCCAGUGCUACUGUGACCUCCGUGCUCUUCCCACGGACCUCAGUGGUGCCAGCCCACUUCUCCAGCUCCACAGCAGCAAUCCCUUUCCUGGUUCAGUUCACCCUCAACGUCACCAUCACCAAUCUGCACUAUGAGAAGGACAUGCAGUGCCCUGGCUCCUGGAAAUUCAACACCACAGAGAGGAUCCUGCAGGGUCUGCUCAAAGGCUUGUUCAAGAAUAGUAGUCUGGGAUUCCUCUAUUCAGGCUGCAGACUAAGCUCACUCAGGCCUGAGAAGGACGGGACAGCCACCAGAAUGGAUGCCAUCUGCACACAUCGUUCUGACCCUGAAGGCCCUGGACCAGACAGAGAGCAGCUGUACUGGGAGCUCAGCAAGAUGACCCAUGGUGUCACCCGGAUGGGCCCCUACACCCUGGACAGGAACAGCCUCUAUGUCAAUGGUUUCACCCAUCAGAGUUCUGCACUUAUCAGCAGCACUCCUGGGACCUCAACCGUGGACCUAGGAACCUCUGGGACUCCAUCCUCCUCCUCCAGCCCCACAGCCACAAGCCCUACCCUGGUGCCAUUUACCCUCAACUUUACCAUCAUGAAUAUGCAGUACAUGCCAGACAUGGGACAUCCAGGAUCUGCAAAGUUCAACAUGACAGAGAAGGUCCUGCAGCACACUCUCGGUUCUUUGUUCAAGAACAUCAGUAUCGGCCCAUUGUAUUACAGCUGCAGACUGACCUCACUCAGGUCCAGGAAGGAUGGAUUAGCCACCAGAGUGGACACCAUCUGCACCUACCGCUCCAAGCCCACAAGCACUGGGCUGGAUAGAGAGCGUCUGUACUGGGAGCUGAGCCAUGAGACCCAUGGCAUCACCCAGCUGGGAUCCUUCACCCUGGACAGGAAUAGCCUUUAUGUCAAUGGAUACACCCAUCAGGCCCUGACCUCCACCCCCAGCACCACUGGUCCUGCUCUGUUGCCCUUUACUCUCAACGUCACCAUCACUAACUUGCACUUUGAGGAAGACAUGCAUCGCCCUGGUUCCUGGAAGUUCAACACCACGGAGACAGUCCUGCAGGGCUUGCUCCAACCUUUGUUCAAGAACACUAGUGUGGGCCCCCUGUACUCUGGCUGCCGACUGACCCUGCUCAGGCCUGAGAAGAAUGGGGCAGCCACCAGAAUGGAUGCUGUCUGCACCCACCACCCUGACCCUUUGGGUCCCGGGCUGGACAGAGAGCAGCUGUACCGGGACCUGAGCCAGCUGACCCAUGGUGUCACUCAGCUGGGCCCCUACACCCUGGACCAGGACAGUCUCUACAUCAAUGGUUACACCCACCAGACCCAGGCCACCACUCCCAGCACUACUGGCCCUGCCCUGGUGCCCUUCACCCUCAACUUCACCAUCAUCAACCUGGGCUACACAGAGGACAUGCGGCCGGGCUCUGCCAAGUACAACUCCACAGAGUCAGUUCUACAACGCCUGCUCAAUCCCUUGUUCACCAACAGCAGCAUUGGUUCACUCUAUACUGGCUGCAGACUGACUGCGCUAAGGCCUGAAAACGGUGGAGCAGCCACAGGAGUUGACGCCAUCUGCACCCACCAUCCUGACCCUGCAGGCCUCGGGCUGGACAGGGAGCGGCUCUACUGGGAGCUGAGCCACCAGACCCAUGGUGUCACCCAGCUCAGUCCCUACAUCCUGGACAGGGACAGCCUCUAUGUCAACGGUUACACCAGACAAGCUUUGACCUCCAUCCCCAGUGUUUCUGUGACGUCCACACCCUUGAGAACCUCAACGGCUCCAAUCUCCUUCUCUAGCUCUACAGUCUCUGGCCCUGACCUGGUUCCAUUCACCCUUAACUUCACCAUCACCAACCUGCGCUACAUGGAGGACAUGCAACCUCCUGGCUCAGCGAAGUUCAACAAAAUAGAGAAGGUCUUGCAGCGCCUGCUCAGACCCUUGUUCAAGAACACCAGUGUCGGUCCCAUCUACACCGGCUGUAGGCUGACCUUGCUCAGACCUGAGAAAGAUGGAGUAGCCACCAGCGUGGAUGCUGUUUGCACUCACCACCCUGACCCCAUGGGCCCUGGGCUGGACAGAGAGCGACUGUUCCGGGAGCUGAGCCAGCUGACCCGAGGCACCACCCAGUUGGGUCCCUACACCCUGGACCAGAGCAGUCUCUAUGUCAAUGGUUACACAAACCAGGCUUCAGAAACCACCCCCAGCGCCCCAGAACCACCCCUGGUGCCUUUCACCGUCAACUUCACCAUCACCAACCUGCGCUACAUGGAGGACAUGUGGCCUCCAGGCUCUUUGAAAUUCAACACCACAGAGAAGUCCCUGCAGCUACUGCUUAGACCCUUGUUCAAGAACACGAGUGUGGGCCCCCUGUACUCCAGCUGCAGACUGACCCUGCUCAGGCCUGAGAAGAACGGGGCAGCCACUGGAGUGGACGCCGUCUGCACCCACCACCCUGACCCAGAGGGCUGCAGCCUGGACAGAGAGCAGCUGUACUGGGAGCUGAGCCAGCUGACCCAUGGUGUCACUCAGCUGGGCUCCUACACCCUGGACCAGGACAGUCUGUACAUCAAUGUUUACACCCCGCAGACCCGGACCACCACUCCUAGCACCCCUGGCCUCACCCUGGUGUCCUUCACCCUGAACUUCACCGUCACCAACAUGCAUUACACAGAGGACAUGGGGUGCCCAGCUUCUUCAGAGUUCAAUGCCACUGAGAGGAUCCUACAACACCGGCUCCAUCUCUUGCUCAAUAAGACCAGUGUUGGCCCUCUCUUUGCUGGUUGCAGACUGGCCUUGCUCAGGCUUGAGAAGGGUGGAGCAGCCACUGGAAUGGACAUCAUCUGUUCCUACCACUCUGACCCUGAGGGCCCUGGGCUGGACAGAGAGCGACUCUACUGGGAGCUGAGCCAUGAGACCCAUGGCGUAACCCAGCUGGGCUCCUUCACCCUGGACGGGGACAGCCUCUACGUCAAUGGUUACACCUAUGGAGCCGUGGCCCCAACUACCACCACUGGGGAGGGCGGUGAGGAGCCAUUCACGGUGAACUUCACCAUCGACAACCUGCGCUACUCGGCGGACAUGGGUCGCCCCGGCUCCCUCAAGUUCAACAUCACAGACACCCUCAUGCGGCACCUGCUCAGCCCAUUGUUCCAGAGGAGCAGCCUGGGUCCCCGAUACACAGGCUGCAAGGUCACCUCCCUAAGGUCGGUGAAGAAUGGCGCCAAGACAGGGGUGGACGUCCUCUGCACCUACCGGCAGCCCCCCAGCGGCCUGGGUCUGCCUGCCAAACAGGUGUUCCAUGAGCUGAGCCGGCAGACCCGUGGCAUCACCCGGCUGGGUCCCUAUUCUCUGGACAAGGACAGCCUCUACCUCAAUGGUUAUAAUGAAUGUGGUCCAGAUGAACCUCCUACAACUCCUGAGCCAGACACCACGUCCCUGCCUACUUCAUUAUCACCUGUGCAACCAGAAGCCACCACAGCUUUGGGGCACAACCUGAAGACCCUCACAGUCAACUUCACUGUCUCCAACCUCCAGUAUUCAACAGACAUGAGCAACAGCUCAACUGUGUUCAACUUCACUGAGAGGGUUCUGCAGAGCCUGCUUGGGUUCUUGCUGAAGAAGAGCAGCCUGGGCCCCUUCUACUCGAGUUGCAGGCUGGUCUCCCUCAGACCUGAGAAGGAUGGGGCAGCCACCACCGUGGACACUGUCUGCACCUACCACCCUGACCCCGUGGGCCACGGGCUGGACAGGGAGCAGCUUUACUGGGAGCUGUACCAGCUGACCCACGGUGUCACCCAGAUGGGCCUCUACACCCUGGUCAGGGGCAGCCUCUGCGUCAGUGGCUAUGCACCCCAGAGUUUAUCUCUCCAGAGAGAAUACCAGCUAACUUUCCACAUCAUCAACUGGAACCUCAGCAACCCGGAGCCCACAUCCUCGGAGUACACCGCCCUGCUGAGGGACAUCCAGGACAAGGUCACCAAGCUCUACAGUGGCAGCCAGCUACGAGACAUAUUCCACUCCUGCCUGGUCACCAACUUGACGUUGCAUUCCAUGUUGGUCAACAUCAAGGCACAGUUUUCCUCCAAUCUGGACCCUAGCGUGGUGGAGCAAGUCUUUCUCGACAAGACCCUGAACUCCUCAUCCCACUGGCUGGAUGCCACCUACCAGCUGGAAGACGUACAUGUGACAGAAGUGGAGCCAUCGGUGCAUCUACCAACAGACAAGCCAACAAGCAGUACCAGCCCCCAGCACUUCCAGCUGAAUUUCACUGUCACCAACCUCCUCUAUUCCCAGGACAUAGCCCAGCCAGGCACCACCAAACACCAGUGGAACAAGAGAAGUAUUGAGGAUGCGCUCAACCGGCUCUUCCGAAACAGCAGCAUCAAGAGUUCUUUUUCUGACUGUCAAGUUUUAGCAUUCAGGUCUGUCCCCGACAGUAACCACACUGGGGUGGACUCCCUGUGUGCCUUCUCGCCAUUGGCACGGAGACUGGACAGAGUUGCCAUCUACAAGGAAUUCCUGCGGCUGACCCAGAAUGGUACCCAGCUGCAGAACUUUACCCUGGACAGGAAGAGUGUCUUCGUGGAUGGAUAUUCUCCCAACAGAGAUGAUGCCUUGACUGAGAAGCCUGACAUCCCCUUCUGGGCCAUCAUCCUCAUCUGCUUGGCGGGACUCCUGGUGCUCAUCACAUGCCUGAUCUGCUGUCUCCUGGCCACCACCUGCCGGCGGAAGAAGGAGGGCAGCUACAAGGUCCAGCAACAACGCCUGGGCUAUUACCUGCCCCACCUCGACCUGCGGAAGCAGCGAUGACUAGAUCUGCCUGAGCCCCCUUUUCCCAGCUGGGGUCCAGAGGAGCUUGGUUGGAACAGAACGAAACCACAUUGGUUGGACACAGCCUCCAGGCUUUUCUAGACUUGGCCCCUGACUGGCUCACAGGGGACUAAGAUAAAAGGUUUCACCUUCCUUAAGUCCUGAUGGCGACUGCAACUUCUCUCCUGUGGUGUCACACCAUUUCAUCCCUCAGGGACACCAGAAUUGGUGAAACCAGCACAGACAUUGCCAUCAUGUAAAAUCAAAUCCCCGAACUUCAGUGCAAGAUUUCCCUUUUUAGGAAACUUUGGAACAUCCUUCCCCUUAACUAUGUGCCAGCCAUCACACCCCUCUUGGUUUCUCCAUGUUCCCCAUCCCCUGAAGCCCUGGAAGUCUCAGGUUCCCCUUAUCUGCUUCAUUAUCUGAAGCUGAGGUUCACCAGGACUUCCAGAUCAAUCUCCCUCGAUGGCUCCU